AUGGUAAUAACCAAAAAGCUUAAGGUCAGACCCCCAGACCUCUACAUGUCCAAUAAUAGACUAGAAAUCGUGUCUGAAACGAAACCUUCUGGGCAUCAGGAUAGACGACAAACUGACCUUCAAACCACAUGUUGCUGCGCUAAGGUCACCUGGGGUCUAAACACGGAGAUAAUCAGAACCAUAUAUUUUGCGGUGAUCGAACCCAUAGUGCUGUAUGCUUCCAGUGCCUGGUACCCGGCAGCGGAGCUCCAAAUGAUCAAGAACUUGCUGGACACCAUACAAAGGGGCUACGCGCAGAAGAUCUGCAAAGCAUACCGCACGGUCUCGCUCACAUCAGCACUGGUUUUGUCAGGACUGCUUCCACUAGACAUAAGAGUCCAGGAAGCCGCAAAUCUCUAUCUUGCCAAAAAGAACAUCACACGGGACUACCUACCACCUGGAAGGAAACUAGAGCAAUGGUUGCACUAUCUGGAAAGACCGCAUCCAUCAAAACUAAAACCAACUGAGUUUGAGCUCUUGGAAAAGCUGGAUACCGAAACCAUAGACUCGCGCUGCAUUACUGGACCUCAAAUCUUUACAGAUGGUAGUAAGAUUGGGGGCAAGGUGGGAGCCGCUUUGUCAUGGUGGGAAAAUGGUAAAGAAACAGCAAACGCAACCUUCCAACUAAAUCCCGCCUGCACGGUUUUCCAAGCAGAACUUUAUGCACUGCACAGAGCGGCUCAGCAAGCACAUCAAAGUGGUCAUCCAGUAACCAAUAUCAUGAGUGAUUCAAAAUCCUCGCUUGAGUUGCUGGAAAACCCGAAGCUGACACACCCCCUGGUAAAAGCUGUAAGGGAAAUCGUAGAGGAUGCAAGAAUGGAGAACAAGGAAAUUCCGCUACACUGGAUAAGAGCACACGUGGGAACACCUGGUAACGAGAGAGCCGAUGAGCUAGCCAAAGAGGCAGCCCUAAAAAUAGGCCAUUGUGUUCACUACGACAAAAUUCCUCUGUCACACGUUAAAAGGAAAAUCCGCGAAGAAUCCGUGAAGAAGUGGCAGGCUAGGUACAGCACCUCACAAACCGGGCGGGUCACGAAAAUGUUUUUCCCAGAAGUAGGCAAAGCCUACAGCAUACUGAGGAAAACAAAAAUGACCCCGGUGCUGUGCCAAGCCUUCACUGGCCACGGUGGCUUGGCGGAAUACCUCUAUCGCUUUAGGCUAAAAGAUAGCCCAGCCUGCGAAUGUGACGAACCUGCGCGACUACCAGGCAAACAGAAAACAUAA